UAUUAUUUACCCAAAUUAACAUUUUAGAAUAAAUAUAAAGUCAUCCACACAGUAAAAUAAUAGAAAUAUGGGAAUUAAACAGUGCACUUGGCUGAGUUAUUUUCAAUCCAGGUUUGGGUCGAAAAGGGACAAGCCCAGCCAUUGGGUUAAAUUAACCCAAAAAAGUUUAUAUUUGACCCAAUAAUGGGUUAAACAAUUCAGGUUACAUACAGCAGAUGACUCUGGGCCAGAUCUCAAACUAUUCCCACACAAGCGUGUACGCAUAGAGUGUAUAAUGUGACUACGUUUAGUUUAAUUCAGUACAUAUCUUUUUUUAUCGAAUUAAUUAAACUAAAAAGUAACUUGCAUAAUUUUUUUUAAAAAGUAACUCAAAUAUUAAUACGUACAUUUAAAAAGUAAUGCGUUUCUUUACUCGUUACUUCAAAAAAGUUAUAUUAUUACGUAAUGGACGUUACUUGUAAUGCAUUACCCCCAACACAGCACAUUUUCUCAACCAACUUCAUAAGGUUGUACCUGGGAGGCUUUUUUAAGAUACAGACAUUACCAAUAAUGCUCGGGACUUGUUGGCUGGUUUUCCUUCACUAUCCAGUCUCACUUAACCGUUUCAAAAAUUUGUAUGUAGUAAAUUUGCCUGAAAAACUUAUUUGAGCAUUAAUAAGACUUUUAACUGAUUUUACUGAAAGCAUAGUACACACAAUAGUUGUAUCAAAAAAUUCUUUAACCCUGUUUUAUAUCUAGUUUUAUUUUAACCAAAUCCUCACUUCCAUAUAAAAAAUAAUGCUGCAACUAUUAAAACCCCCAACUGUAAAAAAUAUGCAGCAUUUUUGUCAAAUCAACAUAUAUUUUUUAUGUUACUUAUACUAACUUUUAUCAAUACACACCCAAAGGGUACUGAUAAAGAAAAGUUCAUUCAAGACUAGACUUAAAUUAAAAAUUUACAUCUGCAUAAAAACUCUGUCCAAGAUUAAAGAUGAGAAUAUCUGAGAUAUAUAAUUGUGUAAUGAGUUGUUUUCAUUAAUUCAUUUCUGUGUCUUACUAUCUCUAACACUCUCUUUCUUUGUGCUGAUGACGUGAGGCUUUUCUGUGAAUAUGCUGAAUGCGGGACAUUUUGUUGUUUCAUUGUAAUCCCUAUAGACUCGGCGCCAGGGUAUAAGAGCUGGGGGCACAACCGGACACAAACACUCUCAGAGUAAACCCUGGGUACGGACACACGCACUCAACACACAGGCAUCAUGUCUUCCAGUGGAGAUAAAAAGACCGCCUCCCAGACUGAUGGCAGGGCAGCCCAGACCAAGAAGUCCGAGAUGGGCAUGAUGUCCUACAAGAUGUAUGUGUUUGACCAAGAGAAUUUCCAGGGACGUAUGAUUGAGAUUAAUGCUGAGUGCAUGAAUGUUUGCGAAAUGGGCAUGGACAGAGUUCGCUCUCUACGUGUGGAGUGCGGUCCUUUUGUAGGCUUCGAGCAGAUGAACUUCUGCGGAGAGAUGUACAUCCUGGAGAAGGGCGAGUAUCCUCGCUGGGAUUCUUGGAGCAACUGCCAGAAGAACGACUACCUGCUUUCCUUCAGACCCAUCAGAAUGGACCCUGAGAAGCACAAGAUCUGCCUGUAUGAGGUGGGUGAAUACAAGGGCCGCAAAAUGGAGAUCAUGGACGAUGACGUUCCCAGCCUGUUCUCUUACGGGUUUACGGAUAGAGUUGGCAGCAUCAUGGUCAGCUGUGGAACCUGGGUUGGUUAUCAGUACCCCGGAUAUCGUGGCAGCCAGUACCUGCUGGAGAAGGGCGAAUACAGACACUUUAAUGAGUACGGCGCUCGUUGGCCUCAGUUCCAGUCUGUGAGGCGUAUCCGUGACAUGCAGUGGCACCCCCACGGCUGCUACACCAUGGCUAGCAAGUGAGGGCCGGACCAGGAGAGGAAGAGGAGGGGUGGACGAGAGGGAGAGGGCCGCAAGAGAAAGGAGAGGAGAAAAGAUAUCUGAGAGGCUGCAUCUUCCCCAUGUUGCCAUGUUAUGAGGGGUGGAUGUUAAAUGGAUGACAGACUCCCUGGCUCACCUUGCCGGUCACAAGGCCGAACAUGCCCAGCAGGUCUCUAUGUUUCUCUGUUGGUUGCAGAGAUAGCCAUACAUCCCUCUUACUCGCUAGUUCCUCUCUUUCUCUCCUGCGUCAUAGCUUUUUUCACCUUUCAUUAUUUAUUGUUAUCCGUUCAUUCACCUUCCCACAAACCCCCUUUCUUCAGGAGAAUGGAAAGAGGGAGAGAGAGACGAAGGGAUGAGGAGAGGAAAGCUCCCGUGCCCUAUGUAUCUCCCUUUGCCUGCUGUACAAAAUCCUGCUGCUCAUCUUUUCAAUAAAUCUUU